AUGCUCCAAUUUGCAGAUGAUACGGUUUUAGUGUGUGAUGGAUCUAAGGAAAAUUUAUGGUGUAUUAAAACUUUAUUGAGGGGUUUUGAAUUGGUGUCGGGGUUGUGUAUUAAUUUAAAGAAAAGUAAGUUGUAUGGUGUGCAUGUGGAGGAUUUUAUUUUGAAAUCGGCGUCUUCUUUUUUGGCUUGUAAUUUGGAAAAGAUACCUUUUACUUUUCUCGGUAUUCCUAUUGGAGGUAACCAUAGACGUAGACUUUUUUGGUCUAUGAUGCUUGCAAAGAUGAAGAAGAGAUUGUGUGGUUGGAGAGGGAAACAUCUAUCUCUUGGAGGUAAGGUUACUUUACUCAAUUCGGUGUUAAACAAUCUGCCUAUCUUUUUACUUUCUUUCUUUAAGGCUCCCAAGUGUGUUUUGGAGGAUAUUAUCAAAAUUCAAAGGAAUUUCUUAUGGGGGGAUGGUGGUGGAAGUAGAAAAAUGUGUUGGGUUAGUUGGGAUCAAAUUUGUCUUAGAACGGAGGAAGGAGGUUUAGGUGUUAAGAAUGUGGAGUGGUUUAAUUUGUCUUUGAUGAGUAAAUGGGGUUGGCGUUUUCUUAAUGAUAACCAUGCGAUAUGGUUUAAUUUACUUCAAUUUAGAUAUGGUAGUGGAUUGCAAUCUCUUUGUGAUGUGGUGUCGAAGUCGGUUUUGUCUAAUUACUCUUUAUGGUGGAGAGAUAUUCGGUUAGUUUGUGGUUCUCCUUUUGGCGGUCAUGAUUGGUUUUGUGAUUCAAUUUCUUGUAAAUUGGGAAGAUGCAAUUCUUUUCUUGCUUGGAAGCAUUGUUGGUUGGGAAAUAUUUCUCUUAAACUUCUUUUUCCUCGUUUAUUUGAGGUUUGUUCAUUUCCUAAUGCUCUUGUGAUUAAUUGUGGUUUAUGGGAGAAUGAGGGUUGGAGUUGGAAGGUGGGUGUUGAUUCUACCUUAUUAGUAGGUGAAUUAUUGGAGGAUUGGAAGGAGUUAACAGAGAUCCUAAAGGAUGUAAAACCGUGUAUGAAUGAGGUUGAUAAAUUAAUUUGGUGGAGAGAUGUGGAGGGCUUUUCGGUUAGGAAUGCUUUUAAACGUUUGUACUCAUUGAAUGCGGUUAACCAUAUUGGUAGUGAUUUUAGACGUUGUGAACUUAAAAAGAUUAUGGAAAGCUAUUAUUCCGUGUAA